UAUCCAAGGGAGCGCUGCGGGCCUGAUGGCCGAAUUAAACCUGGACUCAACCAGGCGGCGAAUGUAGCUACCUACCACCCUAUUUACGAUAGAAGGUGAUAGGCGGGAGCUUUGGGCUUCAGGGGGGUACCUUGGUACGGACCCUGACACUGCCCCACGUCUAAGCCACUGCACUAGCGGUUUUCCCAGUGAUAAUCAGGACCUUCCAAGUUCUAUUAGUAGCUAGUCUUGCCUCGAGUCCUUUUCCAUCAUUCAUCCCUCGUCAUUGAUCACUUUCAACCUCCAAUCAAGACAUGGACGAACCGUCGGCCAGUGCGACGGAGAGUGCCACAGACGGAGGAUCCCGUCGAACGCACAGAAAAUCCAGAUUUGGCUGCAAGGUCUGCAAACAACGGCGCGUCAAGUGCGACGAGCGUCGUCCAUCAUGCGGUAACUGCAUCAAAUCCCAUCGCCAGUGUUCAUACCUCGCCGAAGUUGCGGCCUUGCCAUCACCAGCCUCGGCACCUGCAUCGGCACCAGCACCGUCCGUCGGUCCGUCGCCAUCACAAUCUCCCUCAUCGCGGCAUCGAUGUCCUCGUCCGUCCCCGAGCGACUUCCCGCACGUUCACCUUCCUUGCCUGACUGGCGAGUCUUACAGCCUUUGCCACCUGGAGCUGAUGCACCAUUUCACGCACAGAAUGGGCGAUGCAUUCCAUGAUAGCCAGUGGGUGGGCCGUGACUACUUGGGGCUGGCUGUCAACCUGGGGUUUGCUGCCCCUUAUCUGAUGGACGUGAUCCUCGCCGUGGCAGCCGCCCACAAGAGCACGACACUCCAGGGUGCUACACAGGAUUUCUACCGCCGAGAGGCAACUCGGCUUCAAACACGAGCAUUGGCGCAGUUCAACGCCAUCCAGCCUGACAUUGAGGAGAAGGACUCCCUCUCCAUUUUUAUAUUUUCCUCUUUGCUCGGCCAGCACGUCCUCUUCGAUACCUUCUCCUCUCAAACUGACUUUCCCACCGUUCUCGAUCGAUUCGUCCACUGUCUGGGUCUGCACCGCGGCAUCCGAACCAUUGUGACCCGGUCUCAUCCCUCCAUCUUGGCGCAGCUCCGCGAACACCAAGGUCCAGACUCGGUGAUGGCGCAGGAAAUGGGGCCUCCAUAUGUCACGAGUGACCGAGGAGACGAUUGUGCUGCCCUCACUGAGCUGAUUCAGCGGAGUGAUCUCGGACCUAUGGAGACCGAAGUGUACAGUCGCGCAGUUGAUACGCUGCAGCAGAUGUUUGACAACCAGCGUAACCUUCAUCUGUCUUCGUAUCGGCGGGUCAGAGUCGUCCAGGAGUGGCCGGUCCGCGUAUCGGUAGACUACGUCAACCUCCUGGCCCAACGAAGGCCAGAAGCUCUCAUUAUACUGGCGUACUACGCCAUGCUAUUGCACAAUGCGAGAUUCUACUGGUCCGUUGUUGGGGCGGGACGCUUCCUCAUCGAAUCCAUUACUGCGCACCUCGGGUCGUAUUGGGCUGAGUGGCUUGACGCGCCAAACAAGAUGCUGGAAUCCUCUGAUCAAUAUGACACUUGAAUCAGACGACGUUUAGAACCAGACAAUGAUGAGAUAAUAUCUUCUCUGGUCGUUAUCACCCGAUCAUUAUCGGCAACUCAUCUACAGUUCUUCGCUCAAUAACCUGUUUGCGAAAUAACCUGUUUCGCAAACCCGGCUUCGUCGAGGAAGACCAACACUUUACCGCUGUCGCGUCUCCACAGCCCUCUUCCAAUCGAGCCUUCUGCAGGAAAGGACACAAGACGUG